AUGCUUAUUUUCUUUCAUUUUCUUGAAAAAACAAGCCCAUUAAGACGUUUACAAAAUCAUUUACUUAUGUAUUUAUUAAUCUUUGCUACAUGUACUAUUAUUAUUGAAUUCCCUAAUACACAAAAGUUCCUUUGGUCAGGUUCUGCUACUAUUCACACACAUUGGUUUUGUCAUGUUUGGAAUAUACUAUUUACUUCUAUGGCUACACUUAAUCGUGUACUAACAGCAUUAUUAUCAAUUGAACGUAAUUUACUUGUAUUUCAUCCUCAACUUUAUCGUACUCGUCGUUCACGUUUUUUAUUUCAUUACAGUCCUCUCAUCUGUAUUAUAUCAAUCAUUAUAAUCUAUAUAGUAGUCGUAACUAUUUUCGUGACAUGUCCAUAUCAUUCAUUCAAUUAUUCAAUUUUUAUGUGUGGUUUUACAUGUUCAAUGAUAGUAGAACUUUUUGGUACACUUUAUAUAUGGCUUUAUGUUUUUACGCCUACAAUGCUGACGAUUAUUGCUUGUAUAUUAUUACCUAUUCGAUUUAUCAUUCAGAAACGACAUUUUCAACGUAUACGAUGGUAUCGUGCACGAAAAAUGAUUAUUCAAACAAGUCUUAUUGCUAGUGCAUAUACAAUUUGUUGGUUACCAUAUACAAUUAUUCUUCAAUUACUUAUCAAUAGACGUGUAUCUAUAUUUCAUCCAAUUAUAAAUUCAUUUCUCACGUUUACACCAUAUGUAACUUCAUUAUUAACACCAUUCAUUGUUCUUCAUGCAGUAUCGGGAUGGAUGAAGCCUGUAAUAAUACAAAAAAUUAAACGUUGCUUUUUUCCACAACGUCAAGGAAUCGUUCAACCAAUUAGUAACUUAGUAGUUAAGCAAGCAAAUAAUUUAAUGAUUGACACGCAUAAUCUGACUGAACAUUAA